UCAAAAAAAAUAAUUGUUGUUUACUAUAUUAAAAAUAAAUAUUGAUGGAUUAUUGAUUAUUUCAUAAAAUAAAACACAAUUUAUAAAAUAUGUAUAAAUUUGUCUGAUCUUCUACUCAUAAGAGUGCAUUGAGAUAUUUAAUCAAAUAAAAACGUAAUAUUGAUAAAACAUCUGGUUGUAUCUGGUAUCUAUGAGUGCGAUCUAUCUUCAAAGUGCUGUGCUUGUAUUCGUUUGUGUGAGUUGGAUGCACGUAGUCUACUUGAGUUGGAAGUUAUCUGAGUUUUCCGAAACUGCACAGUGAUGCCUCUCACAGCUGAUGUCGCUGCUCAACAGGUGCAGGAGAGAUUGAGGUCACUGCAUAGGCUGAUAUAUGACAUUGAGGCAGAGAGAGGCAGGAAUGAGCAGUGCAUUGAGUCAAUAUUACGAGCUGAAAAAGCUGCUGAAAGUUCACCUUCUACAGAGGAUUCAUCUGGGUCAUCACAACAGCAAAUGCAGUUGAAAGGUCUGUAUAAGAAUGGUCUCAAUGCUGCUGAGCAGGAAGAGAGAGUUCUACGGGCAGCUCUAGCCAGGAUAUAUGAAAUUCGUGCCAUUAAAAAUGAAAGAAGAAUUCAGGCUCGUCACGCAGGCAACAAAGAGACGAUAGGUUGCGGUGCGCUCAUGAAGAUGUUGCUAAGUGCGGCACAAACGUUACCGCUACAUGUCGGGCGGGUGGGGGAACGGGCGCCCCCCCUGUGUGGGGCGGUCCCAGCUGAUGCGGGGCAUAUAGCGCGCCCGGGCGACGCUGUAGCCGCUCUUGUAAGGGUCUCGGAGAAGGAGGAGAAUUGGAUAUUGGCUGAGGUGGUCAGCUGGCUGCCAGCGCAAGGCAAGUACGAGGUAGACGACAUAGACGAAGAACAGAAGAACCGUCACGUUCUCAGCAAGCGCCGAGUUGUACCACUACCUCUGAUGCGAGCAGACCCUAGAACAGACGAACACGCGCUAUUCCCUAAAGGCGCGGUGGUAAUGGCAUUGUAUCCGCAGACCACGUGCUUCUAUCGAGCCGUGGUUAAUAGACUACCGGCGUCCGCUGCCGAUCCGUACGAGGUGUUGUUUGAGGACUCCUCCUACGCGGACGGGUACUCUCCCCCCGAGCGCGUGGCGCAGCGCUACGUGAUCGCGAUCAAGGAGGGCAAGGGCCGCGCCACCUGACCCCGCCCUUCGCCCUCCCUCGCUACGCCCUCCACGUCGCCGUCUUUCAUGUCCCUACAGUCGUUACGAACUAGUCCUAGUGACUCGGAUUCUAUGAACUAAUUAACGUUCAAUAAAAACUCUGCCUACACGUUUAGUUGGGCAGAGUUUUCUUAGUAGCUAUCUAUACAUAUAAUAAAUCUGUAGAAGGGUCAAUUCUGUACAUUGAAAAUAUUGAAAAAAUAAAUAGCAGGGGGUGUUACUGGAUCGAUACCAAGCCCAAAUAUGUGAUUAAAAAGA